AGCUUCGUUUAGUUGGAACUAACCUCUCGUGCGGUCAACAACAUAAUAGAAAAAAAAAUCGUGAUCUGUAAGUGAGAGGAGAAAAAUGUCAACCCUAAUGGAUCAGGUGAAUCCGGAGCUGCUGCGUACGUACGCAUUCUGGAGUGUGAUUCUUGUGCUGAAGAUGCUGCUCAUGUCGCUGUUCACCACGCUGACGAGGUUCAGAAAAAUGGCUUUUAUCAACCCAGAGGAUGUUAAAUCAAUUAGCCCCAAGCUGAAGCCCAAAUUUGACGAUCCAGACGUCGAACGAGUUCGCAGAGCCCAUCGCAACGAUUUGGAAAACAUUCUGCCGUUUUUCGUGGUUGCAUUCCUGUAUCUGCUCACCAACCCAAACCCCUGGCUAGCCACCCAGCUGAUCCGAGCCGGAGCCAUAGGACGAAUCAUCCACAGUCUGGUCUACGCGGUGGUGCCCGUGCCGCAACCGGCGCGACUUUUCAGCUUCGGAAUCACACUGCUGGUGACUGCGUUCAUGAUCGUUCAGUGCAUUGUCUAUUUCAAGUGAAUCAGUUUCCCACCUCCCAGAGGAGAAUUGUACGGAAUUGAAAGCGUCACAGCAACCCCAUGACGAGGAAUUAAAAGCUUUUCGAAGGAAAU